GUUUUGUCAUGUUUUCCACUUGCCUUUUUAUGAUUAAACGUUUCGUUAUUAUCACAUCUACUACUCGGUUUCUGAAUCGCGAAGCCAGCGAUUCGGAAUCUCUCUCUUUCUCUCGAUAUCAGACACUUAUAUAAAAAGUUGUUUACUUUCCCUUGUGAGAUUCUCUGGAACCUUUAUUGAGUGAGAGGGUUUUGUCUGAUUCCCAUAAAGCUCAAGCCUUUAGGGAGAGUAAGAAGAUAAUUAUCGCGGAUCAUGGAUUCAGAGGAUGACUUGCUCGGUACCCACGAUAUGGAAUCGGGAGAGGAUGAUUUUUACAGCGGUGGUGGGUCGGAUGAUGAUUACAUCGAAAGCGAUGGUGAUGAGCCCGAUUACGGUUUCGUUGAGGAAGACGUGGAUGAUUCCCUCAUGAUCGCCUCUCAUCGCUCUCAGAUAAAUUAUGUUGUUCUCAAGGAAGAAGAUAUCCGCAAGCUUCAGAUGGAUGAUAUUGGAAGAGUCUCCAUGGUCCUUUCCAUAAGCGAGGCUGAAGCAAGCAUUUUACUUCUUCACUAUCACUGGAGUGUGAGUAAAGUUCAUGAUGAAUGGUUUGCGGAUGAGGAGGGAGUUCGGAAAGCUGUUGGCAUAUUGGAGAGACCUGUUGUUUCAGCCCCUCACGGCGGAGAACUUACAUGUGGAAUAUGCUUUGAACCCUUCCAACGUGAAGAAGUUGUAUCGCUUGCUUGUGGUCAUCCUUUCUGCUCUACCUGCUGGACUGGUUAUAUCAGUACAACCAUCAAUGAUGGCCCAGGAUGCUUGAUGCUAAAGUGUCCCGAGCCUUCUUGCCCUGCUGCUGUUGGUCAAGAUAUGUUCGAAAAAUUCGCUUCCAAGGAAGACAAAGAGAAGUACUACAAAUAUUUUCUUAGGUCUUAUAUUGAAGACAACAGAAAGAUGAAGUGGUGCCCUGCCCCAGGAUGUGAGAAUGCAAUUGAGUUUGCUGCCGGGACUAGCAAUUAUGAUGUUUCCUGCUUGUGUUCACGGAGCUUUUGCUGGAAUUGCACUGAAGAGGCUCACCGUCCUGUGGAUUGUCACACAGUAGCACAAUGGAUACGUAAAAAUAGCGCUGAAUCCGAAAAUAUGAACUGGAUACUUGCAAAUUCAAAGCCUUGCCCAAAGUGUAAGCGGCCAAUUGAAAAGAAUCAUGGAUGCAUGCACAUGACAUGCACACCACCUUGUAAAUAUGAGUUUUGUUGGCUUUGCCUUAAUGCAUGGACAGCUCACGGGGAAAGAACUGGUGGUUUUUAUGCCUGCAACCGGUAUGAGUCAGCCAAGCAAGAAGGACUAUAUGAUGAGGCUGAAAAGAGGAGAGAGAUGGCAAAAAAUUCGCUCGAGAGAUACACUCAUUAUUAUGAACGCUGGGCAAGCAAUCAGACGCACUUACAAGACACUAUAUUCUACCUCUAUGUCAAGAACCAAGAGCUUUCUCGUCUUCCUAUCAUAUGUAUUUUUUUUUGUCUGAUUUGGCAGUCGAGGCAGAAAGCUGUGGAGGAUCUGCAGAAAGCGCAAUUGGAAAAGCUGGAGAAGCUUAGUGACAUACAAUGCACUCCAGAAUCUCAGCUGAAGUUCAUCUCAGAGGCGUGGCUUCAGAUCAUUGAAUGCAGACGUGUACUGAAAUGGACAUAUGCAUAUGGGUACUAUCUACCUGAUCACGAUAAGAAACAAUUUUUUGAGUAUUUGCAAGGGGAGGCUGAGUCAGGUUUGGAGAGGCUCCACAAAUGCGUAGAGAAGGAACUGGAGGUGUUUCUGAAUGCUGAAGGCCCUUCAGAUGACUUCAAUCAUUUCCGGACAAAGUUAACUGGUUUGACCAGCAUAACGAAAACCUACUUUGAGAAUCUGGUGAAAGCUCUGGAGAAUGGUCUUGCUGAUGUGGAUACACAAGGGACUAGCAGCAAAUCAACAAGCUCUAAAUCUAGCAAGACGAAAGGCAGUGGGAAAGGUAAAGGAAGCUCCAGAAAUGGCGGGUCCAGCAAAAGCUCAGAUGGAAACUGAGAUCUCUCUCAGGUUUCAGUUACAAUCUCUCUCUCUAUGCCUCUCUCUUGUGUGCCGCCAUCUCAUUAAGAAGCUCUAUUAACUUGGAAGUUAAGCAAAAUUGGAGAAAAGGUUUGGGGUUUGCUGCAGUAUUUUUACAGUAGCCUCCUCUGAGUUCAUUGCACGCACAAGUGAACUGCAAGAAGAGUUUGUAAUAGUUUAUUGUAAGCUACCCUAAAUGUUGUAUAGUAUAAAAGAAUAUUCACGUUGUUACUUUGGCUUUUUAAUUGCCUUGCACUGCUAUAGUGCAGUGUCUAUGAACACCAAAUGGAGUCUCUUUGUCUGUAAAGAAGAAAUGUUACUAUCUCCUUUGUAUUA